AUGUCCAGUUUUCCGGUGUUGAAUCCGACACAUGUGUUAAUUAUUUAUGGUGGACUUUGUGGUUUGUUAUACAUUGAAACAGAUGGUUUCCAUCGUGAAGUUCCGUACGUGAAUAUUAUGCCAACGCUUGCUUUGACUGUACUUGCGUUAACAUUACGUAUGAAAAGGGAAAUCAAACUAUUCACUUCUUUAACAUUUCUUGUUUUUGCUCUUGGUAUAUAUUUAAAUUCAUCGCAAUGGCAUAAUAAAUUACAAAUCGUUUGUGGAUUAUUUACAAUCGCACAUAUUUUAUACAUAUCAUCCUUCACUUUGUCUAUUCGGCGGUUAUGGCUUGGAUGUGCGGUAGUGGUAACAACAUACGUCGUCGCUUUUCUCUAUGUCUGUUUUGUUGAUUUAUUCUGGUCCGUACCGAUUCUAAUCCUCAAUCUCUCACUUCAUUUUAUUAUACUUGGAAUUUCUUUGAUUGCGGCCGGAUCCAUUUGGCAUUACGGAUCUGAACGAGAAGAUGUACGAGAGGCUGCACUGUUAAGAUUUCUGGGUCUGUUAUCGCUUAUGGCUUUUGCCAGUCUGUUAUUACUUGAUCGAUUUGGGAGUCGAAUUAACGGAUUCAAUUAUAUAAGCACCGUAUUAUUUUAUAUCGGUCAACCGCUUUUAUUUGUUGCGAACCAGCGAACCUUCUAA